ACCAACAUCAUAGACUCGCGUUUCCUUCCUUCCAUUGCCUGCUCUCCUCCCUAAGGUUUUCUGCAGCAACAGCAUAAGCGAGAAGUGGAGAGGGGAGAAAAAGGGAGGGGAAGAGAAAGGAGGAGUGCCCCGGGACUAAACAGAGGAUAAAUGCAGCCGCUGAAGCCGCGAAGACUAAGCGUAUCCUCCCUUAGGGCAAGCAGUGAGAGCCCUCCUCCCAACCUUGGAGGGAAUUAGUCCGGAACUGGCUGGGUCCCAGCAGCCCAGUUGUGGAGAGCCGCUCCAGAGGGCGCUGACCUCUCGGCCGCGGAGCCAGUGCACCCCGUGCCACAGGCUGGGGCUCGGACCGCCCCUGAAGCCCAGGAGGGCGGUGGAGGAUGCAGCCUCCUCCUCCUCCGGUGCCUGGUCCUUUGGCUCUGCUGGAUGCUGCAGGGCAAUUUGCAAAAAGAAAGCAGAUUUCUCUUUGGUUUGCUGUCUCUCUCCUGGUGGCAUCCAUCUUCAUACUAACCAUUGGCCUUGCAGCAACAACCAGAACUGAGAAUGUGACUGUGGGAGGCUACUAUCCAGGAAUUAUUCUUGGCUUUGGAUCUUUCUUGGGAAUUAUUGGCAUCAAUUUGGUGGAAAACAGAAGACAAAUGUUGGUAGCUGCCAUAGUAUUUAUCAGCUUCGGCGUGGUGGCAGCCUUCUGUUGUGCAAUUGUCGAUGGAGUUUUUGCAGCCCGGCAUAUAGAGCCGAGGCCUCUCAACACUGGAAGGUGCCAGUUUUAUUCAAGUGGGGAAGGAUUCUUGUAUGACGUCUACCAGACUGAGGUCACUUGCCAUUCCUUGACUAGCAAGUGCCAGCUAAAAGUGAAAAGCAAUACAUGCUACUGUUGUGACUUAUACAACUGUGAGAACACAGAACACUCUACCAGUUACUAUGAGUUUGUUGGAGUCAGUGGCUGUCAGGAUGUGAUUCACCUUUACCGUUUGCUGUGGGCCUCAACAGUGCUGAACAUCAUUGGUUUGUUUCUGGGGAUCAUCACUGCAGCUGUCCUGGGGGCUUUUAAAGACAUGGUACCCCUAUCCCAAAUGGCAUAUGGUUCUGCACCUCCUCCUCAAAUACUCUACAAUCCAGCUCAGCAGAUCUUGACAUAUGCAGGAUUUUGUCCUUCUACGACAACCCUUCCUGCCUACUCACCCUACCCUUUACCUCUUCAGCCUGCCAGCAAUUUUCCAGCUUCGUCAUCCACUGAUAUCUCUUUAUCUGAUGACACCCAGCCUCCGUCUCAGUCCAGCUCCACCUAUGGGCUUCCUCCCAAUGCCCCACCACUCUAUACACCAACUUAUUUCCUCCCUGGGGAAAAGCCUCCACCAUAUGCACCAUGAAACAGCAUAGGUUUUCUGUAGUCAAUGGCAAUUUUAAAAAGAUACUUCCAGAAAACCAGCUGCUUUGACUGCCUGCAGAUGAACCAAGAAACUCUUUCCAGUUCCACUUACUUUCUUCUCCCUUCACAUUCAUUAAAAAUGAACUAGUAGUCUGGGAGACCAGGCCAGAUAUCUGACCAAGAAGAAUGCUGCCAACUUGUGACUGGCACCUUUAAUCCCUUCUUUCCCCGCCAUAAUAACUUUGGCAGGGGAAAGAUAAAGGGGAACCUUUAUCAAGAACACUGUUUGUUCUCUACAGAAACAGCACUUCAUCAUUUCAGAUACUCCUGAGCCCUUUUCUAUAAACCAGCAGAGUACUUUGGCCCUAGGAUUCUUCUUGUCUGGACAGGUGCCUCUUUUGGCAUAGAAAGCAAACAGAUGCCUUCAACUUCAUUUCCUCACAGUAUUAAAAAAAAAACAACAAAAAAACAUUCUUUUGUCCUAGGGCCCAGAGAAAAUCAGUGUCAUGAUUAAUUUGCAAUAAAAUAUGCUAUAUGUUUAUGGGUAUACAUAUAUAUCAUAUGUACAUUCACAUGUCACAUAGAAGAGAUGUGGUCCCUAUUGUUGUAGUGACUCUGGGUAGCCUUUGUUCUGAAAAGAAAAAAGGUGAUGGUUCAAGUAUACAAUGCUAUAUUUAAAGGAUUGUUAGUUGUCUGAACUAUCUGGAUGUUAACAAUUACUUCUUGAGUCUGUCAUCACUAUUGUGCAAAUAUUUUUUAUGGAGGUUCUGUAUUUGAUUUUUUAAAUAUGUGGUUUUGAAUAGUAUGCUUAUAAUGUUUUCUAGAAGAUGCCUAGUUCAUCGAUAGGUGGAAUCAACAAGUGUCUAAGUGCCUACCUUGCCAGAAAGCUGCUGUGUAUAGGAAUUAUUCUGACUUGCUCUGGCUGGAUGGGAAGAGGGCAUUCUCUUUAUUUUCCAUUCUACUCUAAUCUGUGACUUAAUUUCCUUGUCCGUAAAAUAGAAAUCUUUGAUUAGAUGGUUUUUAAAGAACUCUUCCAGCACUAGAAUUCUCAGAUUCAAUUUUGACAUCUAUGCCUAAAGUGCUAGCUCAAUUCCUAAUUUUUUUAAAAAAUGUAAUAAAUUUAAUGUUAGAUCCAUUAGAAAAUAUGAUCUUUGGCUCCCUCUGCUGGCUGUAAUUCUACAGCUUUAUUUUAUAUGACCAGUCUUAGAAUUGGAUUUGACCAUGAGUAACUGUUAAAGAGGACAAUGUAUUUCUUCUGGGUAUCUACAAAAAGAAUUACUGUAGGAGGGGAAAGCAUUUAAAAGGGAAACCAUUUACAUUCCAUUUGGGUCCUCACAAGCUCUGAUCUUGCUAGAUAAAAAUUUCCCAGGGAAAGAGGAGUGAAGAAAAACACAUGAAUGAGUCAAAUCAUAGUAAAUUGGGUCAGAGAGACUAGAAAGUGCCAUACAUAUGAAAGAUACUUGGGUUGUUAGGGGGAGGGAGAGUGGGAAAGGGAACUCUUUGCCAAUGAAGAUUUUAUCAAGAUCCAAAAACUCAUUAUCUUUCCAGUAAGAAGCUGGUUUUGUUGAGAAUAGUUGUCUUAGUGUUUGCAUUCCUGUAUAUCCCAACUGUAAAAUGGUGACCAACCUGGCCACACUUGUUUCUUUUUUUCCAUUAACUCAUAUUUCUAUGUAAUAUCCCUAAGGAAAUUGAGGUUUAUAGGUCCAAGUACUGUUAAACUGAAAAUAGAAAUGGAUACUCUCAAGCUAUAAUAUAUUGACCUUAAAAACCACAAAUUAACAUUGUCUAUAUUGUACUGUAUUUUUAUUUAUUUUAUUAAAUAUUUCCAAGUUAUAUUUCAAUCUGAAACGCUGCACCUUGAAGGAAGUUUUACAGGCAGUGAGUUUGAGAAUCUGGUAUUUGGUGCUGUUAUUAUUGCUGUAUGCACAAUUUAAUGAAGAUCUGAAUUAUUUAAAAAAGCUUAACUAACUCCCAGUGGUGAAAGGAAAAUUUCAGUAUGACUUGAAAUUUUCUUGAUUAUGGACUAAUGUGUUAAUUGCUUUAUGGGGUAUUUGGAUUCUCUCCAGGAGAUGAAGUGCCUUCAGCCAAAGAAAUGACUCUCUAAUGGUGAAAAUGUCAGUCACUGUGUCAAAGGUUUAGGGGACAUAUUUUUAGGCAGGAUGUCCUGGAUAUCCAGUCAUUCACAUUACAAUGUAGAAUCUGGCUGCCCAUUUACUAUGUCUAAGGUAGCCCUAAUUUAAACAGUUGGAUUGACCCUGCUCUUCUUUGAUUGUUGUAAUUCUGUAGUCUUGGCUUAGUUCUCACCAAAGAUGCUCAAUUUUUCUGUAAUGUUACUCAUCUGUUAGUUAGGGCCCAGAAGGCUAAAAAUAUGUACAUGAUGUUAAGCAAUGAAAAAUAAAAUAAAAUAAAUCAAACAAUGGAUAAAAUGUUUU